ACUCUUGUCUUCAGUCAAUGUCGUCGUGAUGAGACUGAAACGGAUGCACAUACGGUACUAUCCUCCAGGAAUUUUCCUAGACUAUGAAAAAGGGGGACAGCUGAGGACGAAAUGCAUCGAUCUGUUAAACUUGACUCCAGAGACUGAUGUGGAAGAGUUGGUUUUAGAGAUUAGAGCAGCUGAGCCUCUCAUCACCUCCUCCUGUGUCGAGCAGGUGAAACUCCUGAUCUGCAAACUGCAGGAGAAAGUCAGCCAAAAGGAUGAGCGCAAGUUUUACCUUUUUAGGGCACUUCAGGCUCACAUCUUGCCCCUGACGAAUGUAGCCUUCAAUAAAUCAGGAUCUUGCUUUAUAACCGGAAGCUAUGACAGGACCUGUAAAAUAUGGGACACUGCAUCCGGAGAGGAGCUGCACACUUUGGAGGGUCACAGGAACGUUGUGUAUGCCAUCGCCUUCAACAACCCUUACGGAGACAAGGUUGCCACAGGCUCCUUUGACAAGACCUGCAAAUUGUGGAGUGCUGAAACAGGAAAGUGUUUCUACACGUUUAGAGGGCACACGGCAGAAAUCGUAUGCCUGGCCUUUAACCCUCAAAGUACCCUUGUUGCUACAGGCAGCAUGGACACCACGGCUAAAUUAUGGGAUGUUGAAAGUGGGGAAGAGGUGUCUACAUUGGCAGGUCACUUCGCUGAGAUCAUCUCUCUGUGCUUUAACACAACGGGUGAUCGAUUGGUCACGGGGUCAUUUGACCACACUGCCAUUUUAUGGGAUGUUCCUUCUGGCAGGAAAGUUCACGUUCUCUCAGGUCACCGUGGAGAGAUCAGCUGUGUGCAGUUCAACUGGGACUGUUCCCUCAUCGCCACGGCCUCUCUGGAUAAAUCCUGCAAGGUGUGGGAUGCAGAAGGUGGUCAGUGUUUGGCUACUCUCUUAGGUCAUAAUGAUGAGGUGUUGGAUGUGUGUUUUAACUACACUGGUCAGCUGAUUGCUACAGCCUCUGCUGAUGGUACAUCAAGAGUGUUCAGCACUGACACGUUUCAGUGUUUAUGUCAAUUAGAAGGCCAUAAAGGAGAGAUAUCAAAGGUGUGUUUUAAUGCGCAGGGGAGCCGCGUGUUGACGGCGAGUGUGGACAAAACGUCUCGUGUGUGGUGUGUGAAGACGGGAGCGUGUUUGCAGGUGCUGGAGGGACAUUCGGAUGAAAUCUUCUCCUGCGCGUUCAACUAUGAGGGAGACACCAUCAUUACAGGCAAUUACAUACACCUGCGUAACACACAUGAAUUCAUCCGCUAAAGCAAGCGCACGUCAGUAAUUUAAAGCCUUGUUGUCAAUCUUUGUGCAGGGAGCAAAGACAACACCUGCAGGAUCUGGCACUGACAGCAGACAGUAUUCACACAGCUUUCUCUGGAUUGUGGUUUAGUGUGUGUUCCUGUCACACUGCCGUAGUAUUUCUAUUCUUGGAGCACAUGCAAUGUGUGUGGAGGAUAUGUGUGAGGUUGUAUUUCUCCCCUUUUUUUAGAAUUUUCUGGGUGAAAUAUGGGUUAGACGCAUUAGAGGUGCGCUGUCUACUAGUACAAAAAUGCUAUUAUUAUUAUUAUAAUUCCUAAAAUAUGUUCACACAACUGUUUGUUGAAUCAAUAACCAUUCUCAGAAAUGUUUCCGUGCUUGUUUCUACCACAUAAAUAAUAUGUUUUCUUAUAAUAGCAUGUUUUUCAAAUUAUAAUAAAAAUCGUGUGAUAUUC